AUAAGGACAAAAUCGUCAAUCAACUUAAAAAAGAAUCGAAACGCAUUCAUUUCUGUCUUUGUCGUCUUCGAAAAUCUUCAAAAACAGGUGCACCCCCUAUCCUUAACCUUUACUUCACCUGCCCCAUUCCCCACUCCAGAAUUUCAUCUCCUCCAACUCUUUCUCUAUUAUUACUUAAACCAACCCUCUCUUUCUUCUUUGAACACCCCUUUCAUCUUACCAAUCUUCCAUCUAGGAAAAACUAAAUCCAAAAGGUAUUCAAUGAAGCGUUCACUUUCAAUUUCAUCACCAACGACCGAGGACAGAAAGAUGAAAAAGGUGAAGGAGACAGAAAUUGAUGACAAGAAUCGUGGGUUAGCGAGUUUCGAUGAGAACAUGUUGUUUGAGGUUUUGAAACACGUCGACGCUAAAACGUUAGCCAUGGCUGGUUGUGUGAACAAACAAUGGCACAAAACAGCACAAGACGAGAGACUUUGGGAGCUGAUCUGCACGAAACAGUGGGCGAACACCGGUUGCGGGGAACAACAGUUACGAUCUGUGGUUCUUGCUCUCGGUGGGUUUCGUCGUCUUCAUUCUCUUUAUCUUUUACCUCUUUCUAAGCCUCAAACGUCAUCAUCGUCAACAUCAACUUCAUCGUGUUCUUCGUCCUCGUCUUGGGGUCCAAUACCGCAGGUGAUUCGGUCGAAACCGUUACCUCGUUUAGGGAAAGACGAGGUUCAUCUUUCUCUUUCUCUUCUCUCUAUUCGUUAUUACGAGAAGAUGAAUUUCAAUAACAGAAACCUAUGAAAUUUAAGAAUUCAUUCCUCCAUUCCUAUGUUGAUCGUUGUUCCUUUUGUUUUUUGUUUUUGUCUGUAUUUCCUAUUAAUUGGAAUUGGAUUUUUUUUUAUAUUUUUUGGUGCUAUUUAGUUACCAGAUCUGGUUUUUAAUUCUGGCAAUUAGUAUGUCUAAGUCUUGUUGAAGGGUUGUAUUUUAAUUUUAAAUUUUAAUGAGUAUUGAUAAAUAUAUAUAUAUUGAAUUUGGGAA